AUGGGGGCGUUCGUCGCUUGCGGCAACAAGCUGCCACCCGCCCGCGAGACGGUUCUGGGCGUGGAGGGCGGGGACAGGGGUGGGAGGGUGGGACGGUGGGAUCCGCGGACGGGGACCGGGACGGUUGAGGCUGUCAAGGGCCAGUACACGGACGCAGAGGGGAAGUGCCAUGUGGAGGCGCUGCUCUUCGAGGAGUUCGGCGCAAUGAGCGCGGGGGUGGAGGAGCUGCUGAUGCGGGUGGCUGAGGUGGCGGGCCGGAAGCUCACGUGGUGGCAGUACGACCAGACGUCGUGGUCGGCGCGCGAAUGGAUGCCGUUUGCGCUGCAGCGACUGUCGGCGGAGGCGGCGCGGCACGCCGAGGAGCUGCUGGCGGAGGUCGAGGCGGAGAAGCGCGGCAAGGGCAAGAAGGGGAAGAAGAAGAAGAAGGGCGGCGGGAGUGGCGGCGCUGGGCCGUCGCAGGAGCCCGAGGCGGCGUCAGAGGCAGCCGCAGCCAAGCCCGCGAAGCUGGACAGGGAGGGGUUGAUCAGGCUUCUCGAGACGCUCCACGAGGAGCGGAUUCGGUACGGCAUCACGGCGGAGACGUCGGUCGAGGGGCUGGCGGAGGCGUUGGGAGAAGCGGCAGGCGAAGCGAGCGAGGAGGAGACGGCGGAGGCGGGUGAGGAGGCAGCCUUGGUGGCAGCGGAGGCGCGCCGGGAGGCUGAAGCCGAGGCGGACGCUCUGGCAGCAGCAGAGGAGGAGGCGGCCGCCGCGGAAGCGGCUGCGGCGGCUGCGGCUGCGGCUGCGGCUGCGGCGGCGGCGGCGGAGGCGGCGGAGGCGGCGGAGGCGGCACUGGCUGCUGUCAAGGCGAGGCGCGCGUCAGCGGCCGCCGCGAGGGCCAAGGCGGAGGCGGCCUAG